ACAUAACAGAAGCUCCACACGGGGAGGAGCGAGCCGCUGUUGGUCCGUUCAUUGGGCUAACUAGUCCAUCAACAAGCUAGUUAACGUUAGCUGUGAGCGAUGCGAUGGACGCCAUCGGUGAUGCUCGAGCAUCAAGAAAACAUGGACUAGCUAACUGAUAUUCUUCCCGCUGUGUUGACAACCAUUACCGAGGCAAGGACCGUUUCAGGUGGCGGUAAUUAGCUGCUCCAUCAAUGCGGUCGCUGGUGCACACCGGGGUUUGAGCUCCGGGUGGCGGGCUCGCUGGGACGAAACAACACGGCUCACUCACCGAGAAGGAGCAUGGUGGUCCCGGACAGUGCCAGCGUGGUCCCCGAGGCUGACAAUGGCAGUACCACUGGCUUCAAAGAGAGCUCCGAGCCUGGGUGCGAGGAGGAGGAAGAAGAGGGGGGUCCGGAACGUGCAGGGGGGGAGCUGGAGGAGGUACGAAAGCUGCAGGAGCUUGUUCGUAGGUUGGAGGUCCAGAACGAGACUCUGCGCAACAGGGGGAGCAAGACUAUCGUCCACAGAGGAGCCAGCGGCAACAGCAACCUCACAGACGCUGUGUACAUCAGCGAGAGGCUGACUUGCGAGGAGGUGACCAACUCCCACCUCAGAUUGGACCACGGUGGCAAGUCGGGCAUAGCAGACUUUGAGCUGUCGUCCACUCAGGACAGCAGCAGUGGUGAAGACAUGUCCCCUCUGCCCAGGGCCAACAGGCUGGAAGGAGAGGAUGAAGAGGAGGACCAGGGUCCAGGUGGGGGUUUUCUCACCUUGACCUGCAGCAAUGGAGCGGCCCAGACUCCAGAGAGCCCUUCUCAGGAAAGUUACGAGUCAGAGAGCCACUCGGGAGUGGACCAAACUGCACUGGAUGAACUGGAUGUCCUAAAUUUGGAGGAUGAGUGUGCAGACGUAGAGGACGACGACAGAUGGUUGUACGUGGCUCCAAAAAAGCAAAUGGACGAUCAAGGCCCAGAGUCUCCAUUGAAGUGGUGUCGGCAGGCUCUUGACCAUCGCAGCCCCGAGACAGAAAUAGCUUGUCGGACCCUGAUCAGCCGCUUGGACCAGACGUCUCGAUGGAGGAACAUGUACAGUAGCCCAUCAGCAGAGGCAGGCUCGACAGGCUCAGGCCUGAUCUCUCCUGGGUACCACAAAUCGACUAACAAAUCCCUACUAACCUGUGGCAGCUCAGGUGUCACAACCAUGCACUCUGCCCUGAGCUCGCAGUCCUCCAUAGACAGUGAGCUCAGCACAUCCGAUGACUCCAUCUCUAUGGGCUAUAAGCUGCAGGAUCUCACUGAUGUCCAGAUCAUGGCUCGCCUACAGGAAGAGAGUCUGAGGCAGGAUUAUGCCUGCAGCUCAGCAUCUGCAUCACGCCGCAGCUCCACAGCCUCGCUACACUCCCUGCGCCGGGGUGGCACCCACAGCGAUCAGGAAUUUGACAGUUACAGCCUGGAAGACGAAGAGGACGAGUUUUGCUCCGUGCCCCAGCGACGACAUCGCUUCACCCCUUCGCCGUUAGGAUCACCCCGGUGCUUGUCCCCCUCCACCUCCAAUCACGGUCAGGAAUACAGCAGCCGACUCGGGGCUCCACGCACAAGAGCACCCAGACGAUCCCUCCAGGGCCCCAGUGCAGAGCUGCUUACGUUUGCCAAGAGUGAGGAAGAGUUGAGGCACAGCAUGCCUAAUCUGGCCCCCCGCACCAGCCUACGUUCCCUGGAGGCAGUCAGAAACAGUCGCAGCAUGGAGGCUAACCUCCAGAGCUCUGGCAACCGCAUGUCCCACCUGACUCACUCCCCCUCCACAGUUAUGGCUUCUAGUCGACUGCGGGGCAGUGGCCAGUCACCUCUCUCUCUGCGGACUCCAGUGAAAGCGGUUACUCCUGUGGGCUCUAUGGCAGCUGGUCGCCAGCCUUCCAGAGGUUUGCCUGUUGUCCAAGCACCGCCUGCCGGAGGGGGCCGCAGGGUCCAGUCACCAGGCUCUGCCAAUGGCGGAGCCUACAUACCCGGGAGAGCCUCCGCUGGUGCAGGGAGGGCCGCCGUGGGCCGAGGACAGGCAUCUACCCGGAGUAAACUUUCACAGCCCCCAAGGAGGUCUUUGGGCAUGACUAAAAUGUCAGAUGAAUCCUGGAAAGAUGGCUGUUACUGAGCCUGGCCGGUGAUGAAGGAUGUCCACUGCUGCAACCCUCACCUGAACUCUUCCCUUUUACCUCUUAUAGAACACGGCCACUGUGAGGUCGUACAACCUUUCGGUCCCCAUUUAAGACUGGAGCGCUGGGCUGCACUGGAAUCUUAGUCAAGACGUAUCUCUUUUCCUUGCAUGAAACAUUGUCAACCCACACAAAGAGGAUGUGUAGGCAGACACGAAGGCACACAUGCACACUCGACUUGUGAUAUAGACCAACUCUGAGCUUCCAGAAGAUUUGUUUGUGUCAAUUGUACUUAUUUUUCUAUGGUAAUUGUGAGAAACUGCUGGAAUAUUAAGGGUUGUAUCACUGUUCUCGUGAUGUAAUUGAUAUGAAGACAAUUUAAAAUGACGAUAUAGGUGGUUUGUUCAUUUUCUGUGUGCAUUCCUACUCGGUCAAGGUGCUGAAUGUUGCAUGCUUGAUUUUAUUUUUGUUUUAUCCUUAUCAUCAUGUAACUGCAAUAUGAUCUGUGUGAAUUUAUGAAUGUUUGAUUGGUUCAUUGUGUGAUUAUCUUUAGAUUUGUGUUGUACUUGUGUUUUGCUCUUUGCUUACACAGCAAUGCAACUCCUGUGAACCACACUGCCCUUAUAAAUACUAAAUAAAAAAAAUGGAAAAUAUGGUUUGUGCCAAGGCGCAAUUCAGCUACAAAACUCUUUCUAAUUCCAAAAGAAUCUUGAGUCAUUAAAGGUACUGUAUGGUGCUGCAUUUUUACUGCAUAUAAAUAUUUGUGUGCUUUUGGAUACCACUGUAAUGAAGAAAAUGUGUAUGCACUAAGGCCUUGUGCCUUAAGACAGCUAUGCACCCUCAUGCAGAGUGCUUCUGACAAUUGGGCGCUGUAAUGAAAAUUAAUAAUAAAGUCUACCCUGGAACUAUA